AUGCGCGCGGCCGCGCUCCGCGUCGCGCGAGCGGUCGCGGCGCCCUCCGUCGUCGCCGCGUCGCCGCGUCCGUCGGCGUCCUCCUCGUUCGCGUUUUGGCGCGAGAAUCAGAUCGUGAACGCGCGCCGCGAAGUCGCGACGCGCGCGGCGCCCACGCGCGACGACGCGCUCUCCUCCUCCUCCUCCUCCUCCUCCGACGCGGACGCGGACGCGGUCGCGGACGCGCGCGCGGUCGCGGCCGCGGCCGCGGUCGAGGAGACGUUGUCCCGCGCGCCCGGGAGCGCGUUCGAAACGACGGAGUACGAUCGCGCGAAAGCGCAGAUCUUACGCUUCUUAAACUACAAGCCUCGGACGCGCGCGGAGCUCAUGACGAAGCUCGUGGAGGACAAGCUGUACGACCCGGACGUCGCCGCGGGGGCGAUCGAUUACCUCCAGUCCAAGGGCGUGCACAGCGACGUGGACUACGCCGAGCAGUGGGGACGGUACAAGUGGAGAACCGCGAAGUGGGCGCCGUGGCGCAUCAAGCGGUCGCUCGCGGAGAAGGGCGUGGACUGGCGCGACGCGACGGAGGGGCUGUCGCGCGUGUUCGACGACCUCGGCGAGGUGAAGCUGUCCGCGGGAGAGGACGGGGACGGGGACGGGGACGGGGACGCGACACGCGCGGUCGUCGCGGGGGAGGAGGAGGACAAGGGCGCGGAGCUCUUGCGCGCGGCGAGGAGGCGGUGGACGCUGACGCGGGGGAUGCCGUCGCAGACGCGGCGGCGGCGGAUGAGCGCGUGGCUCGAACGCCGCGGGCACCGGUUCGGGGUGGUGCGCGACAUCGUGGAGACGCUCGAGGGAGAGGACGCGGCGAGGGAGGCGGAGGAAGCGGAGGAGUUCGACGCGGAUUAG